GACAAGACAGCAACGAUGCCCGACUCGCCUGCUGAGGUGAAGACGCAGCCCCGCUCCACGCCCCCCGGCAUGCCGCCCCCAGCGCCUGCCGCGUCCCAGGGGGCCACCCGGCUCCCCUCCUUCACGCCUCACACAAAUCGAGAAGACGGGCCCACGAUGUCCCUGCCCCACGGCCGUUUUCAUGGCUGCUUAAAGUGGUCUAUGGUCUGUCUUUUGAUGAACGGCAGUCACUCGCCAACGGCCGUCAACGGGGCCCCGUCCACACCCAGCGGCUUCAGCAAUGGCCCGGCCACCUCGUCCACAGCCUCGCUGUCCACGCAGCACCUGCCCCCGGCCUGUGGGGCGCGGCAGCUCAGCAAGCUCAAGCGCUUCCUCACCACCCUGCAGCAGUUCGGCAGCGACAUCUCCCCCGAGAUCGGGGAGCGCGUCCGCACGCUGGUGCUGGGGCUCGUGAACUCCACGCUGACCAUCGAGGAGUUCCAUUCCAAGCUCCAAGAGGCCACCAACUUCCCUCUGCGUCCAUUUGUCAUCCCCUUCCUGAAGGCAAACCUGCCCUUGCUGCAGAGGGAGCUCCUGCACUGCGCCCGCCUGGCCAAGCAGACCCCCGCCCAGUACCUGGCCCAGCAUGAGCAGCUCCUACUGGACGCCAACGCCUGCUCGCCCAUCGACUCCUCCGAGCUCCUGCUGGACGUCAACGACAACGGCAAGAGAAGGACACCUGACAGGACCAAAGAGAAUGGGUCAGACCGUGACCCACUGCACCCCGACCACCUCAGCAAACGGCCGUGCACCCUGAGCCCCGCCCAGCACUACAGCCCCAGCAAUGGGCGGCCCCACCCCACACCACUGCACUACCGCCUCGAGGACAUGGCCGUGGCCCACCACUUCCGUGACUCCUACCGCCACCCUGACCCCCGGGAGCUGCGGGAGCGCCAUCGGCAACUCGCAGUGCAUGGGUCCCGGCAGGAGGAAGUGAUCGACCACAGGCUCACGGAGCGGGAGUGGGCAGAGGAGUGGAAGCAUCUCAACAACCUUCUGAACUGCAUCAUGGACAUGGCUGAGAAGACACGGCGGUCACUCACGGUCCUGCGCCAGUGCCAAGAAGCUGACCGCGAGGAGCUCAACCACUGGAUCCAGCGCUUCAGUGACGCUGAGGACUCCAAGAAGGGCCCCGUGCCGGCCACCGCCCGGCCCCUCAACAGCUCCGUGGGCGCAGAGGGGUCUCAGCGAGACACCCCCCGGGAGUUCGUGCCUAGGACCCUCUCUGGCUACAUGCCCGAGGAGAUAUGGAGGAAGGCUGAGGAGGCGGUGAAUGAGGUGAAGCGGCAGGCGAUGUCUGAGCUGCAAAAAGCUGUGUCGGACGCCGAGCGAAAGGCGCACGAGCUCAUCAGCACAGAGCGCGCCAAGAUGGAGCGGGCCUUGGCUGAAGCCCGGCGGCAGGCCUCGGAGGACGCCCUGACCGUGGUCAACCAGCAGGAGGACUCCAGUGAGAGCUGCUGGAACUGUGGGCGCAAGGCCAGCGAGACGUGCAGCGGCUGCAACGCGGCCCGGUACUGCGGCUCCUUCUGCCAGCACCGGGACUGGGAGAAGCACCACCAUGUGUGCGGCCAGAGCCUGCAGGGCCCCGUGGCCGCCGUGGCCGACCCGGGGCCCGUACAGCCCGACGCCGCGGCCGGCCUGGGCCCCCGCCUGCCCGCCGGGGCCGCCAGCCCCAGCGAGGCCAGCUCCGCGGGGCCCUCCCGGCCCGGCUCGCCCGGCCCACCCGGGCCCCUGGAUGCCGCGCCCCGCUGA